UUCCUAGCAACAGUCUCCAGGCAGGAUGUGUUGUUAGCAACAGUACACAGUGCUGUGCUCCAGGCUGCUGUGUAAAGUACAUCUAGGGUCCUGGCGUUGGGAGAUACAAUGUCUGACGACCCCCCUCCUCACCCAUCCUCUGCUGAGAGCCCAGAGACCACCUACCCCAAAACCAGUGACUUCUACAGGGUGCAGCCGGGACUACCUACCAAGUUCAAUCAGCCGGAGACCUGGAGCCGGGGCUACAGAACCAAACCAAUGAAUCCUCUGUACAGGACGACGAACCAGACCUAUGGAAGCAGGCCACCUACUGUACAUGAGAUGCCGACAACGUUUAAUGCGGUAUCUGACAAGUUCUCUGACGCAGCCUCAAAGUGUGGGAUGUACCGAAACAAUGGCUUUAACACCUACAUAGAGAAGAGUUUUGUGACCGGCCCGGAAAAUCUGAUCACUGCCCAUGAUACGCUCAAUUUCCACAGGAGCUAUAACGCAAGAGGCCCGUCGCAGUCAGUGUGAUCACCCCCACCGGUUCCGCCGUGAUGUGAACGUCCUCGGAGAAUAUACUGCCGACACUGGAUAACUGAACAACUACAUAUGUAGUCAUCGCUCUCCGCAGGAACGCGUCUCCCUUACCCGUGGUCUACUUACGUGGCAAAAUGCAUUAGUGGCUGGCAAAAAAAUAACUGAUGAAUUA